CGCAGUUAUCCUGGGCUCCUGCAGCCGGGGGUCGGGGAUGCGUCUCUCUCUGGCUGCUUCCAAGUUUUGCUCCUAUUCAAAACUCCAGACAAGCACUGCUGGGCGGUUAAACAAAAGGGAGACUGCGGGCUGAGCCAUUGCCAGGAAGGAGCCAGCCCUCAGCUCUCCCCGGGUGUCACAGGAGCUUCGCCCCAGACCAGCUCCCGCCUGAUGCGGCUCCUCGCGGUGCAGGCCCUGGUGGCCCUGUGCGUCCUGCACCUGCCGCUCAGCAGCACCCAGGACUGCCUGAGCAAGCGCCAGGUGCUCAGCACCAUUCAGCAGAUGCAGAAGCUGCUGUCCACGCAGGAGGCCGCCCAGCUGCAGGGGAUGCGCAGCCUCAAGAAGCAGCUCACGGUCCUGCAAAGCAACGUCCACAAGCAGGCCACCGGGCACAACGGCAGCUGCCCGCCCCUGACUGCGCCCCUCAAUGGCAGGAAGCUGGGCAAGAAGGCCACGGUGGGGCACGAGGUGCAUUUCCUGUGCCAGGCCGGCUUCCGGCUGGUGGGCUCUGAGUCGCGCACCUGCCUGCAGGACCGGACGUGGAGCGGGCAGCAGCCCGUCUGCCGGAGUAUCAGCCACUGUGCCAGCAACCCUUGUGCCAACGGCGGGACCUGCGUGGAGGACGGGCAGCGGUUCACCUGCUUGUGCCCCAGCAGCUGGUCAGGCAGGAACUGCCAGACCCCUGUCUAUUCCUACUGGGUGACGCUGAGCAACUCGUCCUUCAGCCGCCAGCCCCGCUGCGCAGACACCCGCCUGGGCUCGCGCCACUGCGCCUGUGACGCCGGCUUCCAGCUGCGGGCCGGCGGCGUGUGCCAAGAUGUUGACGAGUGCCAGCGCUCCCAGGCCAGCUGGCAGCCCCGCCUCUGCGCGCACGACUGUGUCAACCUGCCCGGCUCCUACCGCUGUGUCUGCCCCCGGGGCUACCUGCGCCCCUCAGACCAGGACAUGUGCACCGAUGUGGACGAAUGCGCCGACAAUCAGCACAACUGCAGCCGUGGCGAGCUCUGCGUCAAUGUCUUCGGGGGCUACCGGUGUGUGCGCCCCGAGUGCCCCACGCCCAGGCUUAACACCAGCUAUGUCAAGACCUCAGUCUAUCAGUGUGAGCGCAACCCAUGCCCUGUGAACAGCAGAGCCUGCCGCCUGGCCGCCAACUCCAUCUCCUUCCACUACCUGCCGCUCCAGUCCAACCGCACCGUGCCCAGGGUGCUCUUCAAGAUGUCCACCACCCACCUGAUGGGUGAGAGCCUUCGCUUCGCCAUCACGGGUGGCAGGGGCCAAGGCGUCUUCGCCGUGCGGCGCUCCGACCGGCACACUGGCGAGCUGAUCCUCACCAGCCCGGUGGCGGGGCCGACCACUUUGGAGGUGGAGCUGGAAAUGAGCAAACUCGCCCAGAAGGUUCUUCUUGGGAAGCACAUCUUCAGGGUCACGACCUUCAUCUCCCAGUAUGAGUUCUGAGCCCCCCACGCCGCCACCAGCCCGAUGCAGUCCAGCAGAGACACCCGCCUCAGAGCCGAGACGGGGCUUCCAGGGCAUCCAGCUAUGCUGGCUUCUAGUCAAUGUCUGGGGAGCUGCCUCCUGGGAGACCCCCAUUCUUCACCUGGCAAAGACCUCGCCCCUAGUGUCCUGCCCCUAGUGAUCCCCCCUACUAUAGCAUGUCACGGUCUCACCGGGGCGGGCUGUGGAUGGCAGAGAAAUCACCAUGGCCAGUGCCCAGGAGCGCAGGGUCGAGGGUGGCUCCUGGGGUAGCUGAGCUGCUCCCCAGCCUGGCCAUGAGCCCGUGGGGUGUCCCAUGUCGGCCGCCAGCUGCACUUCCCUGCCGCCCCUCCAGCUUCCCUUCCCCUGCUCUCGUAGGCGCCCCGGGCUUAG